AUGGAUAGGAUGUGGAGGGUAGGGAAUUUGGUGUUUUUGUGUCUAUUGGGUCUGGCUUAUGGUGCUACUAACCCGGAUGACAUGAAGAUUCUGAAUGAUUUUAGAAAAGGGUUGGAGAAUCCAGAGCUUCUUGAAUGGCCUGAAAAUGGGGAUGACCCUUGUGGUUCCAAAUGGCCUCAUGUGUUUUGUAGUGGGGAUAGAGUUUCACAGAUUCAAGUUCAGGGUAUGGGGCUUAAAGGACCUCUGCCUCAGAACUUUAAUCAGCUCUCACAGCUCUCCAACCUUGGUCUCCAAAGGAACAAGUUCAAUGGCAAGUUGCCCACUUUUAGUGGCUUAUCUGAACUGAAGUAUGCUUAUUUGGGGGACAAUGAUUUUGAUACUAUCCCGUCCGAUUUCUUCAAUGGCCUUAGCAGUCUCAUGGUCAUGGCUUUGGAUCACAAUCCGCUGAAUGCGUCUACCGGGUGGUCUAUUCCUGAUGAGUUAGAAAUGUCAGCUCAGCUACAAAAUCUUUCCUUGAUUGAAUGCAACUUGGUUGGACAAGUGCCUGAAUUCUUAGGCACAUUGUCGAAUCUCAAAAUGCUGCAACUUUCCUAUAACAGAUUAACUGGUGGUUUGCCCAAGAGUUUUGGACAGUCUUUGUUGCAGAUUUUGUGGUUGAAUAAUCAAGAUGGUGGUGGGAUGACUAGUCCAAUUGAUGUUAUUGGAUCAAUGACGUCUUUGACACAGGUUUGGCUGCAUGGAAACAAAUUCACGGGGACAAUACCAGAGAACAUAGGAGGUCUUUUAUCUCUUAAGGAACUCAACCUCAAUGGUAACCAACUUGUUGGUCAGAUUCCUCAAGCAUUGGCUAAGUUGAAGCUAGACAAAUUGGACCUGGCAAACAACCAGUUAAUGGGUCCAAUACCGAAGUUUCAGUCUGGUAAUGUUUCCUAUAGCUCUAAUUCAUUUUGUCAAUCUGAUCCUGGACUUCUAUGCGCCCCACAAGUUACAGUACUUCUGGAUUUUCUUGGUGAUCUGAGCUACCCAUCAAGUCUGACCUCUGACUGGUCUGGUAAUGACCCCUGUGGGGGGCCAUGGCUGGGAAUAACUUGCAAUCCAGAGUCGAAAGUUUCUGUCAUCAAUUUGCCUAAGCGCAAUCUAACUGGUAAGCUGAGUCCUUCGCUUGUGAGUUUAGAUUCUCUGGUUACUAUUAUGCUUGCUGGAAAUGAUAUAAGUGGUACAGUUCCUUCUAAUCUUACUGAUUUGAAAUCCUUGGCAAAAUUGGAUAUAAGUGGAAACAAUAUUGAGCCUCCAUUACCAAAAUUUCGUGAUAGUGUGACACUGAUCACCGAUGGAAAUCCUCUCCUAGUUGCUAAUAAAACAACCCCACCUCCUUUACCUACCAGAAGCCCACCCCCAACCCAAACACCAGCUCCAGAAGAAAAUCCGCCACCAGGUACCACAACACCUCCUCAAUCACCUGGUUCCCCUAGCCCACCUUCGCCAACUGAGACAAAUGCAGUUCCACCUAAGUCUGAAUCUCUCCUUAGAAGCUCCAAAACAUCUAAACCAGUUAUUGUUGUGGCUGGAGUUGCAAUUAUAGCUGUCUUCGCAAUUCUUCUGUUGAUGUGUCUAUCUAUAUACUGGUGUAAGUACAGAAAAAGAAUCUUGGAGGCUCCUUGUUCUAUUGUGGUUCACCCUAGAGAUCCAUCUGAUCCAGGAAACAAGCUUAAGGUUGCAGUUUCCAGCAAUAAUAAUGGAAUCUUAUCAACCAAAACUGGGACUACUUAUUUGAGUAACAACAGUAGUGGAACAGACAGCUCUCAUAUGAUUGAGUCUGGUAACCUUGUCAUAUCUGUUCAAGUACUUCGAAAGGUGACCAAUAACUUUGCACCUGAAUAUGAGCUAGGCCAUGGUGGAUUUGGAACUGUUUACAAGGGUGAACUAGAAGACGGGACAAUUUUGGCUGUUAAGAGAAUGGAGGGUGGUGUAAUCAGCAGUAAAGGACUAGAUGAAUUUCAGGCAGAAAUUGCUGUUCUUUCGAAGGUCCGUCAUCGACAUUUGGUUUCUUUGUUGGGUUACUCAGUCGAAGGGAGUGAAAGGCUUCUUGUCUAUGAGUAUAUGUCUCAAGGCGCUCUUAGCAGGCAUCUUUUCCAUUGGAAGACCCUAAGUCUGAAGCCUUUGUCUUGGACAAGGAGACUUACAAUUGCAUUGGAUGUUGCCAGAGGCAUUGAGUAUCUGCACAAUUUAGCUCGCCAGACCUUCAUCCACCGAGAUCUCAAAUCUUCUAAUAUUCUUCUGGGUGAUGACUUCCACGCAAAAGUUUCUGAUUUUGGAUUGGUUAAACUUGCUCCAGAUGGGGAGAAAUCUUUUGCCACUAGGCUUGCCGGGACAUUUGGAUACCUUGCACCUGAAUAUGCAGUGAUGGGGAAAAUCACAACUAAGGUAGAUGUGUUCAGCUUUGGCGUAGUGUUGAUGGAGCUUGUGACUGGAUUAAUGGCACUGGAUGAGAAACGGCCAGAGGAAAGUCGGUACUUGGCUGAGUGGUUUUGGCGAAUCAAGUCGAGCAAGGAGACGCUUAUGGCUGCAGUUGAUCCAACUAUUGAGGUUACUGAAGAAACUUUUGAGAGCAUCUUGUUAAUAGCUGAACUUGCUGGACAUUGUACUGCGAGGGAGCCAACCCAUCGGCCUGACAUGGGACAUGCAGUGAACGUGCUAGGCCCACUCGUUGAAAAGUGGAAACCAUUUGAUGAAGAAUUAGAAAGUCUCUCUGGAAUCGAUUAUAAUCAACCUCUUUCCCAGAUGCUAAAAGUUUGGCAGGAAGCGGAAAGCAGAGAGGUCAGCUAUACUAGCCUGGAAGACAGCAAGGGAAGUAUUCCUGCUAGACCUGCUGGAUUUGCAGAUUCCUUCACUUCUGCUGAUGGUCGAUAGUUGACUUACUAUUGAUCAGUAUCCUUAAAUAAAAUUCAUCUCUUGGUUUUCUUAGUUGAUCUAUUUUGUGCUUAUAUAGGGUAAGUUAUUAAGCAUUUCCUUUUUAUUGCUGCAUGGAUACGGCAAUAGCCAUCCAGGUGCUCACUUGAGCUGUUUAUCCGGAUUUGAUCCUUCAGCUGUGAGGCUUCCUGGUUUAUCAAUGUAGAAUUGUAGAUAGACAGUUGCCGAUACUUGUUUGUUCUUCGUGAACCAUGUUUUGUGGUUUACGUUUU